AUGGAGAGCCGCCGAGCGAAAAUUGGAGAGAUUCUCGUGACGCGUGCACCUGGCGGCAAGCUGCUGCUUACGUUUUUCUGGCACGGCCAACGCCUCAAUCUUGAGCGUUCGGAAGAAGAGCCUCUCGACCGCCUUCUUCAACGCCUGAGACUGUCGUGCAAAAAGGUGACGCAAAAGCGAGGAGCCGAGGAAGGGCGGAAGGGAAAAGCAGCGAGGAAACAGCGGAAGAAGGCCGAGGCGUCAUCGCCUGGAGCGCAAGCAACACCUGACCCUGGGCACACUGAAGAAAAGAAGGACACGCCGAUCGAGGAUUUACAGCAUGUCUACCUUCGCAGGAAAGACGGGACUGUGGCUCCAGGCGAUGAAGCGUGCGGCGUGGCCGUCCAGAGAGCAGCGUUCGUGUGCUUUUCGUCCGGCUCGCCGUUCGCGGCUUCGCACCCGAUCGAGAAGGACGGCGACAACGCGCCGCCUGGAGACGCAGAAGACCCAGCAAGGAGCAACUCUUCCGUUGAAGACAACGCAGAGACCGAACACGUCCUCGAGGUCGUCUGGAAUCCGCCCGUCGCACGGUGUAUCUACGUCCCACAAGCUGUCUAUACCGGGUGUCCGGUUCUCGCGUGCGUGGCCACGGAGCAUGCGAACGAAGACGAGUUUGUGGUUGAGUGGCGCUACGACGACAGCGGCCCGAACGGACCUGUGAUUCACCGAGGACCGCACUACACACCCAAGCCGGCUGACGAAGGCAGAUCUAUCGCUCUCAAAGCCUAUCAUCCUCUCUACAGCGGCUUUACUGCAACGCUCGUCCUCCCGCCGGCGCUCCCGUGCCCGUCACUCGCCUGGCACUGCGAACGCGUCAAGUCCUUCUCGCCUUCCGACUUCCCUCCCUCCUCUUCGCCUUCAUCUUCCAAGUCCUCCUCGUUGUCCUCUUCGCGUUCUUCGUCGAGAGCUUCCAGUCUUCGCGUUUGCAGCUUCAACAUUUUGGCCGGGGCCUAUGCGCGCACGCCGCAUGCAGUGCAGGCCAUGUAUCCUUACUGCAGUGGGCAUCACCUCGACCUGCAUCACCGCAAGGCUCUGCUGGGAAAAGAACUGUGCCUCUUGAAUGCUGACAUCGUGGCGCUGCAGGAGUGUUCGUCGUCGCUGUUCUCCUCCUUCCUCGCGCCGUUGUUCAAGGACGAGUACCAUGCGUUCUUGCAGUGCAAAUUCAAGGCUCGAGUGCAGGAGGGCUGCGCUCUUCUCGUCCGGAAAAACUGCUUUUCGGUCCUCAAGGAAGGGAGUAUGGUCUUCCAGAAAGAGCUCUUGACUGAAGUCCUUCCUCACUUAACAACGGUCAUGCAAUUCGCUGUUUUGAGGCGGCGAGAAACUGAUGAGGCACGAAGCGAGCAGGCGCUGCCCAAGACGCUGAUUGUCGCAAACACUCACCUCUUCUUCCACCCUUAUGCGCGACACAUUCGCGUCCUCCAGCUUUACGUCAUGGCCCACUUCAUCCAGGCUCUUCGGGAGGAGUUUGCGGCGAGCGGCGAGCCUCCGAGUGAACCUUCCAAGUCGCCCGCGGCUUCUUCCCGACUGCCGCCCGUAAUUAUGUGCGGUGACUUCAACUGCCAGCCUGGCACCGGCGGUCUGAAGCUGCUUCAACAGAAGACCGUGCAUGCGCAUCUGGAAGACUGGCGGGACGGCCUGGCUUUCCGCUGGGAAAUGGACGAAGACGCUGGAGCUGAAGACGACCACAGAAGUCGCGAGAAGGAAGAAACAGACAGCGGGAUGAAGAAAGAGAGCAAUCAGGAGACAGCUGUCUCGCUGAGCCUGCCUUCGACGUCGCCGCCUGCCGCCUCAGCCGCCUCUUCUCGUGUGUCAGACGCGGCGCGUGCGGCGACUCCGAAGGAGAAAGGGACGUCGGACGGGCGAGAACAGGACACAGAUCAAGGAGGCGAGGGGGAGCCGGGCGUUGUUUUGCACCCUCCUGGAGGCCUGGACCUUUACGACUGCUACGGAGACGCGCCGUUGGCCUUCUCCAAUUUCGUGGCCGGCUUCCAGGCAACGCUCGACUACAUCUAUGCUUCGUCCGAUUUCAAGGUCGUCGCUUGUCUUCCCGGCGUCGGCGAAGAAGCUGUGCGCGCGCAUGGCGGUUUGCCGUGUCGCGGCUACCCGUCAGACCAUCUAGCGAUUGCCGUCGACCUCCAGCUGCAGUCUUCACACCGCACUGGGCAGUCGGGUGCCGAGGAGGGCCCUGCGGCUCGGUAG